AUGCCUAAGGAAAUCAAUAGAAAUUCAACCAGAGCAUUUCUAGUCAAAAUGCCAAAGUAUCUCAGCAACCAAAUAAAGGAAUGUCUAGAGAAUGAGACAAUUGGUCAUGUGAAGCUGGAUAUGACCACAUCUGACACAGAAGCAGAAAUAAGAUUCAAUAGAAGAUUCAAGCCAAGUCAAUACAAGUUUAUGCAAAGAAGUAUGGGUAAAAAAGACAAACAGGCAGUUUCCUUNAUUGAACCCCAGUUUAUGCCUAAGGAAAUCAAUAGAAAUUCAACCAGAGCAUUUCUAGUCAAAAUGCCAAAGUAUCUCAGCAACCAAAUAAAGGAAUGUCUAGAGAAUGAGACAAUUGGUCAUGUGAAGCUGGAUAUGACCACAUCUGACACAGAAGCAGAAAUAAGAUUCAAUAGAAGAUUCAAGCCAAGUCAAUACAAGUUUAUGCAAAGAAGUAUGGGUAAAAAAGACAAACAGGCAGUUUCCUUAGAAGGAAAUCGAAUCCCACUCUAUGAACUAAGCAGAAUGAUGACAGUACAACCAGAAAUGAAUGAUGAGUACUUUCAGUUCAAGAGGGCUCUACAACAGACCAGUACACACAGUACACGUAUGAUAAACCAUUUUGAACAACUUAAACGUGGUGAGAAAUACACGGGUCUUAAGGAGAUGGAAGCGCAUGCAAGAAAGAAGAAGAGGCAGCUACAGGAGAAAAAGAGAGAGCGACUCGACAAGUCUGACGCAAUUGACGUGUUGUUCAAAGCAUUUGAAAAGCACGGGGCAUGGACAGUCAAAGACCUGGCUGACUUCACUGGACAACCUGUUGCGUACAUCCAGGAGAUUAUUGGUGAAAUAGCCGUAUUGGACAAGAAGGACUACAAAAAUACGUACAUUUUGAAGAAGCAGUUUAAGUAG